CUGAUGUGACAAGAAGAAAGAAUUUUGAAGAAGCAAGAAAGGUUAUAUGAGGAGUUUGGUGUAUAGGAAGAUGUGGUGGGUUGUACAUCGACGGAUGAGCAAGAGGAACUUAAAUCGUGAUUGUGAGAAUAAGAGGAUAUGUGAGUUGGGGAAAGACUUGGAGGAGAUACUUAAGGGGAGGCUCGAGACGAUAGAAGAGGAACCGGAAGUAGAAGAGCGAGAGCGGUUAGGAGACUCGCAGAUGCAGAAGCCAAUGUUGAUUAAGGCUAAGAUGAAAGUGGAGAAAGGAAAGGCAAUAGUAAAAGCAAAAGUGAAGAGUGGGAAAGUGUUUUACAUGUUGUGUGUAAUCGGCUUAGCCUCUAAACGCGGGUUUAAUGAUCUUCCUCCACAUCUCAUAUUGAGACAUGACAACUACAACCAAACCGAUCUCAUCUCUGCCAUGACCGACAUGAGAAGGCAAUCUUACAACGGUUUUGUCAUCCUUCUCCGUUUCCUCAACGAUACAAAUUACUUCAGGAACACAGAUAUUACUUUCUUGAUGCCUAGCGACAACGAUAUUUCUCAUGCAGACAUUACUCCAGAGAAUCUUGAGACAUUUAUCCUAAAACAUACCAUCCCGGCAUGGCUUAUGAUCAAUCACAUGCUUCAUUUUCCAAACAGAACUCUUGUUCCUUGUAGCCUCUCUGAUAAAAUGUUCACCAUCACAAAAUCUGGAGGGUCCGGGAUUUAUGUGAACAAUGCGAGGAUUGUUACUCCUAAUGUUUGUCAGAAUUCUCGUAUAUCUUGCCAUGGAAUCAGUGACGUUAUUGCAUUCAACCAAAACUAUAUGUCAACGAAAAUGUUAUCAUCCGUUCGUCGAAACAUCACUUCGUUGAAGCAUUGAAGAUCUUUCUUUGUCCCAUAAGAUUCGGAGGAUGUGAGAUUCUCUUCUAAUGUUUCUAAAAUAAGUGUUAUAGAUUUCUCAAAGUCAUGUACAAGUUGAAGUGUGCCAAUUUUACUUUAGACUAUAUGUUGUUGUAAACUUUUAUUUCCAAAGAUAAUGGUAAUAUAAUUCACCCUCUAAGUGCUUUACCUAAA